GUAUGUAUGUGUUACAGGACAUCAAUGAGCUCCUCCCGUCAUGCUCAUGAGGGGGGGGGGUGUCUAAAAUCGCCUUUCCUGAUUCGAACGAACGCAGGUCGGACCUGAAGUGAGCUUUACAUUCACACCAACAUUCAGAAACGCGUUUAGCCGUUCAGACAGGCUGCAUGAGGGCAGAGGACACUGCCAGCCUCCCUUCACAGAUCUGGACUGAACAAUGCUGUGGCCUACGCUGUGAUCACUGAAGUCUGAGGAAAAAAGGCGGGGGAGAAAGGCAGAGGCAGGAUGGCUGUUUUUAAGGUGGAUAAUGUUGAGGAUCUUUAUGAAAUCGGAGAGGUACUGGGCAGUGGUCAUUUCGGGCAGGUGCGAGAGGUGCGUGAGCGGGCUACGGGCAUCCUGUGGGCUGGAAAGUUUCUAAAGCUGAAACGAGGUGUGGGAAGCCGUCUCGGCCUGGAGAGGAAGAGCGUGGAGAAAGAGGUGGAGAUCCUGCAGAGCCUACAGCACCAAAACAUCAUGGCCCUCAAAGAUGUUUUCGAGAGCAGGGCUGAGGUGGUCCUAAUCAUAGAGCUCAUUAAAGGUGGUGAACUCUUUGACUUCAUUGCUGAGAAGGAGAGCCUGACUGAGACGGAGGCCAUUGAGUUCCUGAUGCAGAUUCUAGAGGGAGUGAGCUACAUGCACAGCAAACACAUCGGCCACUUUGACUUAAAGCCUGAAAAUAUAAUGUUGUCGGAUAAGCGAGCCCCCAAUCCAGACAUCAAGAUUAUCGAUUUUGGCAUGGCCCACUGCUUCAUACAAGGAGAGGAGUACAAAAGCAUGGGUGGCACCCCUCAGUACAUUGCCCCUGAGAUCAUCAACUUUGAACCCCUAAGCACAGCAGCAGAUAUGUGGAGCAUUGGCGUCAUCACCUACAUUCUGCUGAGCGGCCUGUCCCCGUUUCAAGGAGAGACCGAUGAGGAGACACUGAAGAACAUCGUGGCAAUGAACUACGAGUUUGAACCACACUAUUUCAGCCGCACCAGCUCUAUGGCCAAAGAUUUUAUCCAGAAACUGCUGGUAAAAGAUCAGAGGGAGAGGAUGUCAGCGGAGGAGUGUUUGAUUCACCCUUGGAUCAAGCCUCUCACAAGGACGCAGAUGGCCAAGAGGAAUCGCUCUUCCAUCAACAUGAAGAACUUUAAGAAGUUUAACGCUAAGAGGAAGUGGAAGAUGUCCUAUAACAUGGUGUCUGCCUGUAACAGGUUUUGUAAGCUCAAGUUGGUGUGUAAAACUAGUGCUUUGGAACAACAAGAACUGAGAGAGUGUGAGAGUGACCAGGAGGACACUGAAACGAAAACUGCCUCCCUUCUGCGUCGCCGACUCAGCAGCAGUUCCUAAAGUGCUCAGCUACAGAGGGAUUCAGCGUUAAGCCCCUCCUGCAAUCCUCCAUGCGACCUUUAGGGGGAGGAAGAGGCUGAUUUUAUAUGACCUAUAGGGGGAGACAGAGGUCACAUCACUGUUUUCCAGACCAAACAGAAUCCCCAUCGCUAGGCCUCGAGCCUCACUGCGCGUCAUUUCCUGAACACCAACUGUGUUCCCAGUUGCAGCAGGAGACAUCACUUCAGAGAAAUGUGACUGAGCCAAGACACAGUCACGGUACUCUCCAAACUAAUAUGCAAGUUUAUUCACAGACCGCUACCUCUGAGAUGCUAAACGGUGACGCUUUAGCUUGAAGUGCCAUGGUCAGUUAGGAUGGAAGGCUUUUGAGGAUGUACCUAUCAACACAGUUUGACAUUCUUCUCAUUCUCCUCCUCCAGAACUUGUCAACACCAGAAAACCUAGAUUGGAUAAAACAACCAGAAAGUAUGUACGCUGUUUCAAGCUCCAAGAAGAUAUUUUAAGGGAUUUUAGGAGCUUGUCCUGAUUUAUAGGGAAGGUUCUUGGAGAGCUCUUGAGGAAUUGCGAGGUUCCUAGGCUGCGUGCCUUACUUGUCAUAACAAAUGACCAAACAUUCUUGACCUUUGAACCCUGCACUGAUAUCAUAAUUACCCACCCCACGAGACUGCCUUUAGUACCCUACCUAAUGUCAUAGACGCACACACAUCUAAAGGGGUGGGCUUUUGGCCAAAGGCAAAUUUUUGUAGAAUUUGGCUCAAAGCCAAGUUGUAGCUGUGAGAACAUGUUGAGGAGGAAUGCUAUGCGUGUUUAAGGAUUCUUCUAGGCUUUUAUGGUGGUCAUUGUGAAAGUGUGGAAGGAUUGAGGUAAUAAAUCGGGUACCUUGAUCACCACCUUAGAUUCUGUCAAGUUCCCCUGAGCUUGAGUCACUUUUGACUAUUGUACUUAUUCUUUCAGGAAGAACUGAAAAAGAGAUGUUUCAGAACUUCAUGUUUUACAUUGUAAUAUUUUAUUUAGUCUAAAGUACUAUCCAGACGGGGUUAGUUUUAUAUGGGGAGGUAAUGUAAUUAUUACCUGACUAUCCCUGUGAUUUUAGUCUUGUCUGAGUCUGUGAUGUCAUUAGAUUCUUUUGCGUAUGUAAAGAUUAUGGUGGCUUUUCUGUGCUAUAAAGUGAACUGUAAAAAUAAACACAGGAUAUAUCAGUUAUAAACAUUCCAUCGUAACCUGUGGGAAAGGAGUUUUUUCUCAAGUAUGAAGACAUGUGAGGAAGCAUUCACUUGUAUUCACAAAUCAAAGUACUGGCUUACCCAAGUGGAUGACUACACACAUUAAAUCCUGUAAAGCAACAGCACAGAUAACCCCUGUGGUCUGAUUUAAUGUGCCUGUUUUGAGAGUUGGCUAGCUAAUGUUGAUGCUUGACUGCUUUUUGCUUCUGAUGUGCACAAAUUGAGUAGACGCUUAGAUCUCUGUAAUUUAUGUACAGAUCAUUUAACCCUUGCCAGUCAUAUCAUCAUAAACAUUACACGUCCUGUGCACUGUAAAAAAUGCCAAAUCAGCUCAACUUAAAAUGAUAAGAUAACGGAUUACAUUGCUUUUCUUGAGGUAAAUCAACUUAAGGAUACUAGAGUUCACCCAACUCAAACUUCUUAGUUUAUUCAAAAGUUCCCCUAACUUUAUUUCUAGUUUCUCAAUUAAGUAAACAAUAUAAAAAUUGUUUUUACUCAGUUACCCCACUCUCUGGGACUCUUUCUGUCACAAUAUCCCAAAAGGCAUCAUGUUGAGAUCGCUGGGGUACAGACUCAUAGUCUCCUGAUGUCGGGGUGUCUUCUUAGCCCAUUGCACCACAUGUUACUACAUUAGAGGAGAGCAGGGCACAACCUAACUCAUUUUGGUUUUUGCAAAGUAAUUUUUAAAAUAUUUGGAAUAAUCAUAUUUUUAUACAAGCAACAGAGACAUCUCUGCUACAGACGAACACUAGAACUUUGUUUCUAGCCCCUACGGUUCAUAUACAAUUCCACCAAAAAUAACGGGUAUUGCAAUGUUACGAUUUACCCUUGGGUGGGGUUAACCAUAACAGACAGAUGGUUAGUUGUAACACUUGCUAGAAAAGUCUAAAGAAUUAGUGCAAACAAAGUUAAUUCAAUAUAAUUCUAUGUGUAAGAAAUAUAUUUUCCAAUUAUAUUGUAUAUUCCAUAUUAUCUGUUUAUAAGAUACAGACAGACAGACAGCACAAUUGAAAGAUACACAUACAAACAGACAACAAAUUAUAUAUGAAAACUGACACAAGACUGUGUGUCAAACAGCGACAAAAUUUAUUUUUUGUCCAGUGUAGGAUGGCAAAUAAAAAACAUCAUACAUCAUUAAAAUAUGGAAGAUUGUUUCUGAAUAAGUUCAGCUUUACCAACUGUUUCUGUCAAUUUCAUUAAUAUACCUAUCGAAAACCAAAAUACAAACACCUGAGAGAUACUAAUAGUAUAACGUAUAAGAAAAUCCCUGUUUUAAGAUGCACUCAUUUCAUUUUAAACAAAACAACAAAAAGGGAAAAAAAAAAUAUUUGUUUGUUUACUAAAGGUGGCUUAGUUGUAGCACUAUGUUACAACUAACCCCGCAGUACAGAGGCUGUAAUUAAGCCUAGCUAGCACUUGCUGUGAGCUUGUCACAUGCUGCACUUUGUAGGCAACAAGAUAGUGAUUACAGUAAUAUAACAUUAGAUUUUUUGAUUUUCACACACAGCUCAGUAACCAAAAAAAGCUUGUGUUGAACUAAAAUUACUUACAUGCCCUGAAAACACUCUUUGACACAGAUCUCUUUAAAACACUGACGAAUUGCUCUGAAUUUUCACAGAAGACUGUGGCGAGGAAAUGUGGUAAUGUGGCCAGAAGCACAUGCUGUUUGAACAUGUACAACAACAUUAAAACCCUGUGUUAAAUUGAGCCCUGGGUUAGGUUGUUCCCCACCUACUGUUGCUCACCUACUGUACAAAGUUGAAAUGACUAAUAUUUUACAGCAUCUUUAACAUCUAAGGAAAAUGAAGUCAGAAAUCUGACUAAUGUCAGGAGCUUGACAAAGUGGUGCAAUGGCCUAAAUGUUCACCCCACCAGGAGAUUGUGAGUUUGAACCCCAGUGAUCCUAUAACCAUCCAUAACUUGAAGCCCAAGAGGAGAAAAUGUUUGGUGGGAUUGUCUGAGUCCCAGCUAGUGGGAAAUUUAAGUAAACAUCCAUUUUGUAUUGUUUACCUAACUGAGAAUUAGAAGGACUUUUGGCUAAACGGAGACAUUUGAAUUUGGUGAA